AUGCCAGCUCCCCUCCUCAACGGCAAAUCUCAUAAAGCCCAAAUUAGCUCCCCUCUGCGCAGAGCCUCAGUGAAUACCAAAGAACGAGAGGAGCUCGCGGCGUCCAUCAAAUUAUCAACAACGCGGCGGCAGCCUGUCGUAUUUGAUGGCGAAGACGAUUUGUCUGACGGGCAGAACCAUGCUAGGGAAGUAAAUGGAACAACGAAAAGUCUCGUGAAUCAUGCCUUGGGUCGAGAUAUCGAAGAAAGUACAUCGAGACCUGCAAGUCCGAUAACACAGAACCCCCCAAUCGACUUCGACGGUCUGAGUUGGCCGAGCUUGGGUACGAGAGAAAGACGAGAGGCUACAGAGGCACAAUCCCUGCAGCGGCUACAGAAGCUGCAGGGUGCCAUCACGACAAUAUUCGAGUGCAUUGGCGAAGAUCCAGACCGAGAAGGUCUACGAGGAACGCCAGAACGGUAUGCAAAAGCUAUGCUUUUCUUCACGAAAGGCUACGAGGAAAAUGUAAAGGACUUGGUCAAUGGUGCUGUAUUCCACGAAGAUCACAAUGAGUUGGUGAUAGUGCGAGAUAUCGAGAUCUUUUCGCUGUGUGAGCAUCAUCUGGUGCCGUUCACGGGAAAGGUGGGCAAUGUUGCUUUUCAUCUGCUGGCCGGAGAUGAAACGGGUCUGAUUUCCGUUGAAUUGGAGAAGUUCCAGUCGUCAGGUUUGGAGUACAUCUGCGAACGGCACAUUAAAUUGGGAUUCUAA